UAUUGGUAACGCUGGUCAGGUGUCAAGUGUCAGGAGUUUGUUUUGGUUUCACGUUAGUACGUGUUUGUGUCAAGUUUAUGGUAGCAUAGAUACUGCAGACUGAAUAGCCAGGAUGUUGUCGAGUAUGGUAAAAGAGCACCAGACAAGACAGCAGAAUCGGAAGGAAGAACAAGAAAGGCGAAGAAAGGAGGCUGUCCAAGCUAGCAGCAAUCUAACCCAGGCUCUGGUUGAUCAUCUCAAUGUUGGUGUUGCACAGGCUUACUUAAACCAAAAGAGGCUGGAUAGCGAGGCGAGCCAGCUUGAGCAAAAUGCGACUAACUUCCAGCGUCAAACAUCUCAGUGGUUGGGUCUCAUCUCCUCAUUUACCGAUUCCAUGAAAGAAGUGGGGCAUGUCCAGAAUUGGGCAACAACUAUUGAAUCUGACAUGAGGACAAUUUCCACCGCUUUGGAGUAUGCUUACAAAGUUGAACAGCAAGCAAGCACUGGAGGAGGAUCAGCUACAUAGUUUAUAUUAUGUUGCCAGAUUAAAUAUUAUUUUUCAAUGUUUAUAUUAUUACAUAAGUAAAGGUAUAUCCCAACCUG